AUGGAGCCAGGGCCUGUGUGGUUCUUUACUAAGGCAAUCAUGAGUACUUUGUCCCAAGACGAUAUCCGACAGUUCCCCUGUUUGGAAGCUGAGAUUGAAAAGCUGAGGAAAACUCUUUACUCCAUCAGAGAUGUGGUUACGGGUGCGGAGAAAGACCAGGUCGUCAGCUGUAAAAGCAGGGAUUGGCUGGGACAUCUUAAAGAUGUACUCAUCGAUUUGGAUGACUUGGUCGAUGAUGUAUGUGUUGAAGCUCAGCGGCUGAAGAGCAAGCCAAAAGAGGUAUGCUUCUUUUCUUUCAACCUUCCAUAUGCUCUUUCUAUGAAUUGCAAGCUUAAGGGUAUUGGAAAGCGCCUUAGAAAUGUCGCCCAGUGGGCGGAUUAUGUCCUAUCUGCGAACCCCAGGAAAGAAGUGGUUGACAGUUGGUCCGGGCAUGCAGAACGUACUCACUCUAUUGUUGGUAGAGAGGCUUUUAAGGAGAGGAUCGUUGGACGUCUGUUGGACUCCAAGGUUGCGCAGGCUGUUACAGUCAUUCCAAUUUUUGGAAUCGCUGGUAUGGGAAAGACCACUCUAGCUCAACUUGUAUUCCACGAUGACCGAAUCAUGAAACGUUUUGAGCCCAGGAUGUGGGUUCAUGUCUCUGAUGAGUUUUGUCUGAAAGUGAUUCUUGAAAGGAUUUUAGAAUCGACGACAAACAAGAAACGGGAAAACCUUGAAAUGAAUAAGUUGAUGGAAAAAUUCCAGAAAGAAAUUCUGGCGAAGAAAUGCUUGAUUGUCCUGGAAGAUGUGCUGAAACUGGAUCUUAAAGAAUGGGUUGACUUCACAAAUCUAUUAUCGGUUGCUGCUAGAGGCAGUAGGGUAUUAGUGACCACACACAUCGAAUAUGUUGCAAAGGCAGUUGCAAAGAGUACAGACCUUGACCAUUACACCUUGAAGAGUCUAAAUCAAGAGGAAACCUGGGCUCUAUUUAAGGAGAUCGCAUUUGAGAAAGGGCAAGAGGUGAAGGAUUUGGAGAUCAUGGAAAUCGGAAAGGUAACUGUAGAGAAGUGUGCAGGUGUUCCUCUUGCAAUAAAGACAGUGGGAAGCCUACUGUCCUCAAAAAAUCCAACAAAGUGGUCAUCCUUAAUGAGAGAACUUUCAGAAAAAUGUAGAAACAAAGAUUCUAUUCAUGCUGCACUUGAAUUAUGUUAUGAUCAUCUACCAGCAAAUCUCAAAUUAUGUUUUGCUUAUUGCGCGUUAUUUCCUAAAGAUUAUGAAAUUGAUGUACAGGAGCUAAUUAAUCUUUGGAUGGCACAGGGGUUUAUCACAUCAUUAGAUCAAAGCCAGCCUUUGGAAGAUGUCGGUUAUAAAUAUUUUUUGUCUUUGGUUCACAGACCAUUUUUCUACGCAAUAAAAAAGGAUGAAUUGGGUAUUAUAAGAAGAUGCAGAAUGCAUGACCUUCCUCGUAAUCUAUUUGCAAAUUCAGUGGCUGAUGUGAAGAGCAUGUUGUCAAAGGCAGCUAGUAAGAAGAUUGAUAAAAGCAUCCUGCAUUUGUCAUUUUCUUUUCACUCUGAUUUCAUGCAUCAUAUUUCAACUCUUUUACUUAAAGGAAACAGACUGCGCACAUUUCUUCUCCCCUCUGAAUCACUGCUCUCAUAUAAAGAAAAGAUGGGCGACUCAAUUUGUUAUAAAAUUAUUUCAUGUUUCAAGCUUUUGCGUGUGUUGGAUCUCCAUGCUCUAGGGAUCAAGACACUUCCGACUUCCAUUUGUAAGCUGAAGUAUUUAAGAUAUCUUGAUCUCUCCCAGAAUAGCAUCCAAUUGCUUCCGCUUUAUGUUACCAGGCUACAGAAUUUGCAAACUCUGAAGCUCUCUGAUUGUCAUCUACUCAAAGAAUUGCCAAAAGGUAUUAAAAAAUUAAUCAACCUUAGGCAUCUUGAAAUUGAUGGAUGUUGGAGCUUGACUCAUAUGCCACUUGGAAUGGGAGAAUUAACUUCUCUUCAGACAUUACCGCGAUUUGUCCUUAGUAAGAAAUACCAGUCAGUCUCUAGCCGUGGUGGUGGACUUUCUGAACUAAAUAAGCUGAACGAGUUGAAGAGAAGUCUGGAGAUUUUAAAUCUUGAGCACUUGAAUGAUGCUGUAUCAGACAAGGAGACUGCAAACAUGGGUGAGAAAAAAAACCUUCAAGAGCUAAGAUUAAGAUGGACACGUGGAAGCAACAAAGAUGGAGAGCAAUUGGAUUGCCUCAAGCCACACGCAAAUUUAAAGAAGUUGUAUGUGAUUGGGUUUGGGGGUGUUAAAUUUUCAAGUUGGAUUUCUUCGCUCACAAAUCUCAUUGAAUUCACUUUAUUUGACAUUCCAAACUGCCAAUAUCUCCCACCUUUUGAUCAACUCCCUUAUCUAAAGUAUCUCUCUCUGAACAGCAUGAGUGCUCUAGAGUAUGUUUCUGCUGGUGAUAACAUGCGCUUUUCUUCAACUUCUUAUUCUUCUACAUCAACACCAUUUUUUCCAUCCUUAGAAGCACUCACACUCAAUGACUUGCCUAAUUUGAAAGAAUGGUGGAAGAUGGAUGUAAUCUUUGGUGAUAAACCAUUGCCUUCAUUUCCUCAUCUAUCAAAAUUAUCAAUUUGUGUUUGCCCCAAGCUGAAUUCCAUGCCACGAUUUCCAAAUCUAGAAGAACUGGUGCUUCAGAAUGCUAGCUUGAAGCCAUUGGUAGAGACAGUUAUGAUGAUUGAUAUGGCUGGACCUAAUAGCCCAAAAAAUGCAUUAACAACAUCGACCUUUUCUUCUUCAACACUUGCCUCCUUCUCAUUCUCUCCUGUGUCUGAUUUAAAGUCAUUGUCUAUAAGUAGAAUGGAUGAUCUAGAAUAUCUACCAAAGGAGUGCCUGCAAAAUCUUACCUCACUUAAGAAACUAGAGAUAUUGUUCUGCCCUAGAUUGAAGUCUCUGUCUCUGGUUCUUCAAUAUCUCUCCUCACUUGAGCAUCUUCAAAUUGAAAAUUGCAAUGAGUUUGAUCUAUCCAAUUAUGGUAAGCAAUGGAAAGCACUUGGGAGCCUCAAUUCUCUCUUGAUUGGGGAAAUUCCAAAGUUGGUAGCUCUCCCUAAGGAGCUUACAUAUGUUCACAAACUCACAGAUCUUCGUAUUAGGAAGUGUUCUAAUUUGGUGGCUUUACUAGAAAGGAUGGACAGCUUCUCAUCUCUUCAGCAUCUUUCUAUUGUGGAAUGUCCUAAUUUGGUGUCAUUGCCUGAAGGGAUGGGAAAACUCACCUCCUUGCAGGCACUGAAAAUUUCUGGUUCUUCCCUCAUAUCACAAAAAUGCAAGCGUGAAAUAGGCGAAGAUUGGCCAAAGAUUAAGCAUAUCCCAUAUGUUGAGAUUGACUACAUAAGGUGA